GGGGCAGCAGCAGACUGCAAGUACAUUGCAGCUCAGGCUCCUCUCAGCUCAACUCUGAUCGACUUCUGGAGGCUGAUCUGGCAGAACAACAUCAAGGUGAUAGUCAUGGCCUGCAGAGAGGUGGAGAUGGGAAAGAAAAAGUGUGAGUGUUACUGGGCUGCUGAACAACAGUCAGCUGUAUUCGGACCAUUCACUGUGUACAACCAGGGGGAGACUCAUCCUAAUGUAGACCUGGUGGUCAGAUCUCUGACCGUCACGUACCAGCAGGACUCCCGUUCUCUGGUUCUGUAUCAGUUCCUCUCCUGGCCCGAUCACGACGUUCCCUACGAGGCCGCAGGAGUUCUCGACCUGCUGGAGAAAGUGAGAAGCAGCCAGGGAACACACACCUCUCCUCUGCUGAUACACUGCAGUGCAGGCUGUGGGAGGACUGGAGUCAUCUGUGCUCUCGACUACAUCCAUGACCUGCUGGUUACCGAGCAGAUCUCUGCAGACUUCAGCAUCAUGAGGAUCGUUCUGGAGAUCCGGACUCAGAGACCGUCGGCUGUUCAAACUAAAGAGCAGUAUCGCUUCAUCUUCACCGCCGUCGCCUGUCUGUUCGAACGAGUCCUCCAAUCACGCCGGCUUUCACUCUACUGCAACCUGCCAGAGCAGAAAAAACAAGAGAAGAAAAGAAUAAAAACACCUGCUUCACCCAACAACAG